AAAAUUCAACUGGAAUAAAUAAAAGUUGGUAUGAGAAGAUACUGCGUGGUAAGAAGAAAAACAUGAAAAACAAGUCAAGAAUCACAACGUCGGGGUCUUCAAGGUCGACGAAUACCAAGUCCACGAGGACUCAAACAGAUGAGUACCCGUCAGUCGACAAGGCAUUUAAUGAUCCCGAUGACAACAACAAAUGCAAUGGUCCUCAUACAGAUAUACCUGGAUCCAGCAGGCAAGCGCAAUACGCACACUUGUAUCUGCUUCCUGUCUUCAUUUGGGACCAUAUCGUUGUCUUC